GUUUCAAAGAAUUAGAAUUUAGGGUUUUAAGCUCCAUUGUUCCGUAGAGUUCUUUACUGUGAAAAAAAUGGACUUGAUGAAGAAGAGAAAGCUUGAGGACAACGGCGUUGUCACUGACGUUCCCGUUGCCGGCAGGCUUUCAAUCGAAGAUGCUCGGAAAAUUCUUGAAUCUGUUACACCUGAACAAAUGUUAGAAAUCCUACAAAGCGCCGUGGUUCGUCAUACCGACGUUCUUGAACAAGUACGAGUAAUCGCCGAUCGUGAUACUACCCAAAGAAAGCUCUUUGUUCGUGGACUUGGCUGGGAAACUACCACGGAAAAAAUCAGGUCGAUUUUUGGGAAUUACGGUGAGUUAGAAGAAGCUGUUGUUAUUCUUGAUAAAGCUACUGGGAAGAGCAAAGGAUAUGGAUUUGUUACGUUUAAGCAUGUUGAUGGAGCUUUACUUGCGUUGAAGGAACCGAGUAAAAAGAUUGAUGGUCGAAUGACGGUUACUCAGCUUGCUUCUGCUGGGAUUCAAGGUGGGCCUGGUGGUGGGAGUUCGAAUAAUCCGGUGGAUGUGUCACUGAGGAAGAUUUAUGUAUCUAAUGUGCCGUAUGAUAUGCAAUCUGAGAGGAUUUUACAACACUUUUUGAUGUAUGGGGAAAUAGAGGAAGGACCUUUAGGGUUUGAUAAGGCGACUGGGAAGUCAAAAGGGUAUGCUUUGUUUGUGUACAAGACGGCCGAGGCGGCACGGGCUUCGUUGGUGGAUCCUGUUAAGAAUAUUGAUGGGCAUCAGUUGAACUGUAAGUUGGCCAUAGAUGGGAAGAAAAAGCCUGGAGUAGGAGGUCCAGGAGGAGUUCAGGUCCAAACAGAUGGGCAUGGUGAUCCGAUGGGUCCUGGGCAAUAUGGUGCGCCUAGUGGGAUUGGUUAUGGUGGUUUUUCAGGGCAUUCAUCAUAUAGUGCGCAUGGACAUGGUCCCAAUUCGGCAUUGGGUAGUGGAAAUGGUAUCGGUGUGGCUGGUCCUGGUGGUUCAUCUUUUGGGAACCAAUCUGGGGGUGGUGGUUACGGUUCAGGGAUUGGUGGUCCAUAUGGUGGGGGGUCUCAUUAUGGUGGGCCUGGUUCAGCUGGAUAUGGCGGGUUGACUGGUGGUGCUACUGCCGCUGGUGGAGGUUAUGGCGGUGCUGGUGGUGGACUACCUGGGCCUGGUAGUGCAUUAGGUGGUGCUGGCCGUGGAUCUUCAAUGUAUGGGCUACCCCCAAGCUCAACCGGGAUGCCAUCAGGAGAGUAUCCACCACAGGGUUCUCAUUAUGGUUCUUUACAUCAACCUCACGGGCUACAAAACCAAGGCCCUGGGGCAUCAGCUGCACCUAGAGUUGCACCUGGGGGUAUGUACCAGGGGAUGCAUUCAUAUUACUGAGGUGUUUUGACAGCUUGGUGCAGCUGCUUUUAGUGGUUCUGGAUGAAUGCAGAUGUUUAUAAGUCUGGUUUGAUGGUUUUGAUUUGCUAUCUACUUUGGCUUCUACAUUGUGUUCAGGCUGCUUCUUUCUUCAGGAGGCCUUGUGCUUUUUGGGGUUUUAGUUGGAGUUUGUGUUUGGAUAUAAAUAUAGUAAUGUCUUGUACGCUUUUGAGCCUUAGAAACGAUACGCUGUAUUGAAACAAUUUUAGAUUGCUGUUGAAGUUGCUGAAAUUAGUUUCUUAUGGUA